CCGGCAGAUCCGGGUCUCGUGGUUUAGACUGACGUGGUCAAUCGAAUCAAAACAGAAGGGGAAAGGUUCCGCAGGGCUGGUUCCUAGAGCUGAGCCGCGGCUGCUUCUGCCUGUCGAGCAGCCAGAGCGAGAAGGCGGCGGCGGCAGCAACAGACACGGCACUAAUCUCCACGGCUAGGUGUUCACAGCCAAGUUUAGAUUUCUCCGCAUAAUCAUGGCAGAAGGUGGAUUUGAUCCCUGUGAAUGCAUUUGCUCGCAUGAACAUGCAAUGAGAAGGCUGAUCAAUCUGUUGAGGCAAUCCCAGUCAUACUGCACAGACACAGAAUGCCUUCAAGAAUUGCCAGGACCAAAUUCCUCUGGUGAUAACGGCAUCAGUAUUGCCAUGAUAAUGAUGGCCUGGGUGGUUAUCGCUCUUGUCUUGUUUUUGCUGAGACCAACUAAUCUAAGAGGAUCCAACAUGGCUGGAAAACCAGCCAGUCCACAUAAUGGACAAGAACCACCAGCCCCACCUGUGGAUUAGACCUUGUAAUUCUGGAAAUGCUCGACAGCUAAAACCUUGCACGACCAAAUGAACGCAAGUGAUCAGAGUACUAAAUCCCAUUCAAUACUAUUUUCCUUUUGCAUUUACAUAAAGCAGGAUGAUAUUAUUUUGAUAUGGAACAGCUAGUAGCUAUUUCACUUUUAAAUUAAUUCUUGCUUUAUAUAUUACCAUUCCUAGUAGGUGAUAUUUGAAUAAACAAUAAGGAGCUGCAGGGGGUGGGGUUUUGGUUGUUGUUUUACUGUGGACAUUCCACUCAUUCUCUUUUUGUUACAAUGAUUACAAUACAUAAUUUCUUUGCAGUGGUCUCUGGCAUAAUUGAAGGAAAAUUUAAAUCCUUGUGCAUUUAUAGUCAUUCAAAGUUAUUUUUCAGAUUAAUUCUCUUUUUUUCCCCUACAUAUUUUGGAAACUUAGUUGCAAACAUUAGCUUGAGUUUUGAAUAGAAAAAGUGAAAUUACUUUACCUUUACCUUGCUGUUCAGAGCAGCUUUAACUCUUUGGACCGCUAACCUAGUUUUUAGGCUGUUGCAAAAGCAUGGUCAUCUGCUGUAAUGAAUGUACAUCUAUGUGUGUGUGCACGAGUAUGAGCCUGAGAAUUAUCACCAUCAAAAACUUGUCUGACGUGUAAGGAAUUUACACAAAAGAUUAUUAUCACCAAAAUGAAAUUAAAUACAUUCACCAGUAAAUGAGCUGUCUGAUUCAGUAUAUUUUUAAAGACAACUAAAACUUGGGCUACUAAAUUCUAAAAGAGAAUUGUUUACAAACUUUACAAAAAGAAAAAUCUAGUGACAAGUAUCCAUUAUAAUUUUCUGUCCUGAAUAUAAUCUUAUAAUAAUCAAUAUCUUAAAUUUUUUGCUGCAACACAUAACAAGAUCAAAAUGUUAUUAACCAGUCAUUAACUUCAGAAAGUUAUUGUCACUUACUUACAAUUUGGUUUUUACUUAUAUAUUGUAAAUAUAUAAGUAAAAGUAAUAUAUAUAUUACUUUUGAUUCUUAUCUGUUCGUUGUUGGUUUGUUCAAAACAGAAAUUGCAGGUGAAGAUCUACGGCAUAUAUUUUCCCUUUAGUGUGUGUGUGUGUGUGUGUGUGUGUGUGUGUGUGUGCGCGCAUAUGCAUCUUCCGUUUGAACUAGUGAGAGUGACUUUUUUUUAAACAUACAUUAAAUAAUUUAAGAAAAUUUUAAAGAUGUACAGAAAAGUAACACACUAUAUUUUUCUUAUCAAUUUGAGAAAUUAAUGAGAAUAAUGUAAAGGACAGUUUUGUGACAUAACCAGAUGGCUAUGGAGGUACUUUCCACAAAAGUAAGGAGAACAAAUAUACGGGGAAUUAAUGGCCUGAUCCUGCAAGCUUUUACUUACAUGAGAACUGCUUACUUUUGCAAGUAGCCAUAGGAGGUACUCACAUGAGUAAAGAUUUGCAUAACUGGGCCCUGGAAGAAUACCAUGUUGGAUCCCUUUGUUAUCAGAGAUAGGGUUGUCCUCCUCAGGGUAAAUGGCAGGUCAUCCAAAUUGUCUUGUGAACAUACAGUACAGAUCUGAAAAAUUGCUUUUAUAAUUUGAUGUACAUAACUGCACCACUGAACUUCUCUGUAGCAGUAUGUUGUGUAAUACAGCACCUACAGAUAGGGAGCAUUAGUAAAAUAAUAAUAUUGGGCCAAAUUGUCUGUUAGCCUGAGGCAACCUUACUGAAGACAGUGGGAUUGCAACAGUGUAAUCGAGAGAAUUUGUCCCAAUAUGACUGAUGGCAGUAUAGGCCACAAACACUGUAAGGAUAUUACUGGGAUACGCUAUCAACUGCUAGUUUUUACCUAGUACAUCUUUGUUUGGAAUAACAUUAUGAACAGUGUAGGUAAUGUGGUAUCUUUUUAUGGAACCAACAAAAAAUACUUACAUUGCCUACUAUACCUGUGGUUCUCCCCGCCAUCCCCCCACCCCAGGAAUCAGUGGCCAGGGCCGUCCCUAGGGAUAUAUGGAGCCCAGGGCGGAAGUGACAAUCCGUCACUUCCGGGACCAACCCGUCACUUCCAGGACUGACUGCGCUGGCCAAUCACGCCGGCCUGUGGGGCCCCCCAAAGUGCGGGCCCAGAGCGGUCGCCCCAAUUCACCAUACCCUAGGGACACCUCUGUCAAUGGCCAAAAGUCUUCAAACUUGGUUGCAUUAAGUUAAAAGCCUAACUGGAAGGGGCUUCAUUUCAGAGGUACUGAGCAAACCCUGCUCCUGUUGAAGUCAGUAUGACUUGCAGGUACUCAGCACCUCUGAAGAUCAGACCACUUCUAUUUAGAUGCCCUAAUAUGUAUAUAGAAGGCUUGCUUUGUGCACCCUGCUUUGAAAUUUUGGCCAAUAUAUAGUCAUAGAUGUUUGCACGUUGUAAUCUGAGAAAUUUUUGAUUAUGUUCUGUGUUGAAUCAACUUUUUUUUUCUUAAAAUUUUGCUAGUCAAAAUGUUGUCCAAAUGGUUUUAUACAUAUGUACUUUCCUUAUGUAAAUUUCUAUUUUAAAUUUUCUAUGUGAAAGAGAAGCAGUGGAAAUGUUGUAUAGCAAAAUGUUUUGCUACAUAGCCAGGCCACUAUCCCAUGCCAACAUGUAUCCCUUUUAAAUUCUGAGAUAUUCUCUCCAGUAUGUAAACUUCAGACCAAUAUUACUGCUUAAAGUAAAAGUAGCUAUUAUAAGGCUGUAUUUUGUCACUUUUAUUCAUGUUAUUUUACUCCGUUUGUUCCAUUGUAAUUAGUUUGACUAUUGUCAGAGAAUGUUCUAACUGCAGCAUCAUUAAUAAGGGUGGCAGAAUCUAGCCCAUAAUAAUAAUUUGUGAUGAAAUAACUGCAUCAUGAUUACAAAACUGAACACUGUAAAUUUUAAGAGGAACCCCUUGGAAGAGAUUAGUGGGAUGUAAAGUUUAAGACCAUGAUCAAUUUUAUAUUAAAGGUUUGAGGCUCAGCUAAUAAGAGACAAGUUGUAGAAAUUAAAGAAAUAAAGAAGAUUGUUUAAGUUUAUACCUUCGUUUAUAACUUUGUUAAAAUAAUAGUAUUUUAGCAUCUGCUUAACACAAUUAUUAUAUUCUGAAAUGAAAAAUCAUGUGUGUUCAUAUAGUGUCUGCAGAUCACUUAGCCUUGUAAUGUUUGUUACCGAAAGAUGAAAAAUGAUAAUGUGAUGUACCUGAUGUAAAUUGGUGGUUUAAAAUGUCUGAAUCAUGCCAAGCAAAAAUAAUGUCUGUGCCAUUUGAGGUUUACUAUUAAUCUUCUACUGAGUAUUUGGAACUGGGAUAAAGGGCUUGUACUAUGCACUUUUUAUUGACAAAUAAAUUUCAAAUCUUAGUAA